CAGACCCGUUGUGACGUAAGACGCUUGCUUGUGUAAUUUUGUUGCGGAAACGUUCCUUACGGCAGAUAAACGUCCUUAUGGUCGGGAGGAGUGAACUUUAAAUAAGUCUACGAACGUUGCAAGAAAAGAAAAAAGAUUAAUAUGUUGUCGGCUCUUGUUGCAAAACAGCUGGUAGCAAGGAUGUGCCAGACAGCCUGGAGACCAGCAAUCACAGGGGUGACGUCAUCUCGUGGUUACCGUGGAGACGCUCCUGAUGACAGCCGGAUUGACCUGAUACAGAUUCCUUUGCCCCCCUGGGAGGAAAAACCAGACGAGCCUAUUGGCAUCAAGAGACGUCGGCUUCUUUAUGAGAGUCGCAAGAGGGGCAUGUUGGAAAACUGCAUAUUGCUCAGCCUUUUUGCAAAACGAUACCUGAACACCAUGACUUACAGCCAGCUGCAGCAGUACGACAGACUGAUUAAUGAACCCAGCAAUGACUGGGACAUCUACUACUGGGCCACAGAAGCUCAGCCCACCCCUGAAGUUUACCAAGGAGAAGUCAUGGAUCUGCUGCAGGACUUCACCAAGAACAAGAACCACGAGCAGAGGUUUGACGCGCCCGGCUUGGAGUACCUGGAAGAAGAAAGCAAGUGAGCUCCUUCACCACCACAUGUCCUCAAAGACUCGCUGAAGGAGAACUAAAGAGCGAAUAUGGAUCUGCUGAGAAACCCUGUGGAAGUCGGCACCAUUGUUUAGUUCAAGCUGCACCACACUCCAUAUUGUGUGGUAAAAAAAUACUGAGUGCGAUAAAUCACUGUCCACUGAUUUUCAUGACAUAAUCCAUAAAUAUAAGGAACAGUCUAUAAUGCCCUCAGCUUAGCUGGCCUUUACAAGAAGAUAAUUCAUGAACAAUGAGGUUAAACUGUUAUUCAGGCAAAGUCUUUUUUAAAUUCAGUAACAGAUUUUUGUAUGUGUGAUUUAUCACAGUGUAUUUAAACCACUGUGUGUAUGAG